AUGUUUUUCAUCGCCUUGGCUGGUCACCCGGGGUCAAAACAGAACAGAAACAAAUUGACCCCAUGCUGCAACAGGGAGACCCCUGUGGAGCUCCAGAGACAAGAAGAAGCCGCAUAUGCUGGGUCACAUUUUAAAGAACAUCCCCUCCCAAAGGACCUCCUCCACCCUCCCGGGGAAGAGGAGAAGAGGAAACACAGGAAGAAGCUUAUGGUGCAGAGCCCCAGCUCCUCCUUCAUGGACGCGAGGUACCCAGGAUACUCCAAAGCCACCACCAUCUUAAGCCGUGCCCAAAUGGUAGUUUUGUGUGUUGGCUUCUCCGCUGCCUGGCAACCUGCAGGAGAAAAAGCAAGGCUUGCAGAAGGAUGCUCCUUCAGAUGGAAGCAGCGUUAAAAGCACCCUGAAU